GCUAUAUAUUUCAUUUAGAAUUUAUAUAAAGAUAGUACUCUUUCAAAGGAAAGCAUGUCGCAGAAAUAUUCAGACAUCAUCGUCACGAUUCAAGACGGCAUAGGCACUAUCAAGCUCAACAGACCCAAGCAACUCAAUUCCUUUGGCGGAAGUCUUGUCGAAGAUACGAUUGCCGCUCUCCGCGAAUUAGACAACCACCCCGACACCACCUUCACCGUCAUCACCGGAGAAGGCCGAUUCUUCGCUUCCGGAGCAGAUGUCACAGGAAUCGCCAACACACCUUCAACUUUCCAAAAUGACGGCCAGAAGAAGAUUUUCUGGAUGCAGAGGUUUGCUGUGGGAAUGGAGCUCGUCCGGGCGAUGAUUGAUCACAAAAAAGUUCUAAUCACGGCCAUGAACGGCCCCGGUGUGGGCGCGGGUGCUGCGUGGUUUCAAGGCUCGAGCGAUCUGUUGUAUGCGGUUGAAGGGACGUGGUUACAAGUGACGUUUUCGCAAAUGGGAUUGGUUCCUGAGAAUGGCAGUGCGGUGAAUUGGGCGCACAGUAUGGGUUCGCAUCGGGCGAAUGAUUGGUUGUUGUUUGGAGGCAAAGCGACAGUGGAGGAAUUGAAGGAGGCUGGGUUGGUGAAUAAAAUUUUCCCCAAGGAGAAUUUUCAUGCGGCUGUGCAUGCGCAUUUGAAGGAAAUGUUGAGGGAGAGAAGUGGGAAAUCGAUGAUGGAGAUGAAGCGUUUGUCGAAUAAAGCUACGCGUGAUGCGAGGAUUUUGGCCUUGUAUGAUUCGAUGGAUGCUUUGGCGGAACGGUUUGUGGAGGGUGAGCCGAUGGUGAGGAUGAAGGCGAAGAUGGAUGAGCUUGCUGCGAAGAGAGAGAAACGUUCGUCAAAGAUGUAGAAGAUGUGAGAAGACACAUAGAUACCUCUGUGACAGCUACAACGCCAGUUUGCAUGCGAUAUCGGCUUUUGAAUAAUUCCAGGUUCAUAUACACCCC